AUGGCCCUCGUCGCGUGCCCGCGCUGCAACAUAACCCCGCCCCAACCCCAAGCCUCCGCUUCCGGAAGCCGCGGCCUACUCCGCGCGCCGAGAUCUGCAGCGUCCAGGCCCCCGCCGGGGCGUCUCCGCCGCAGCCGCGCCAUGGCCGCCUACGGAGGCGGGCACUCUGCUGCCGCUGCCGCCGGCGCCGAUGACGGUGCCGGUGCCGCCGCUCCCCACGCGUCCCCGUCGAUGCUCGUUUUCUCAGGUGGGACAGCAUUUAAUGGCGUUGUUGAAGAAUUGAAGAAAGUCACUACUCGAGUUGCGCAUGUGCUCCCUGUUUCUGAUGAUGGUGGAAGCACAGCUGAGAUUGUGCGUGUCCUUGGUGGUCCUGCUGUGGGAGACAUAAGAUCAAGAUGUUUGAGAUUGUCUGAUGAAAGUACUGCAGAAGCUCUUUCUGUUCGGAAAUUGCUUGGGCAUCGUUUGCCUAUUGAUCCUUCAGAGGCAAAGCUGGAAUGGUACCAGAUUGUAGAAGGAGACCACUCUUUAUGGGAGGGAGUCUCUCGUCCAUACAGGGAAACUAUUCGUGCCUUUUUGGUCUACUUUCACAGUGAGAUACUUCGACGGUCAGCUGAAAUGUUUUGCUUCACCCAUGGCAGCAUUGGAAAUUUCUUUUUUGCUGGGGCACGCAUAUUCUUCCAGUCGUUGGAUGCUGCAAUUUUUUUGUUUUCACGCGUAUCACAGAUCCCAGCAGAAAGUCUUGUGCUUCCUGUUAUAUCCACAAAUGACAGACUUACUCUGGGAUGUGAACUAUGGGAUGGGACUAUCAUUCGCGGCCAAAAUGAAAUAUCACAUCCAAGCAAUGGACGCCGAGAAAUUGUCAACAAGGAUUGUAAUUCAUGCAGUGCACUUCCUUCAAGGAUCAAGCGUGUGUUUUACAUGUCAAGUGAAGGCAGCAACCUAUUGCAUGAGGUUUUCCCUGAAGUUAACCAUACAGUUUUGGAGCAGCUAAGUAAGGUGGACUGCGUUGUCUAUGCUAUGGGAUCACUCUUUACAUCAGUCUGUCCAUCACUGGUAUUACGUGGCAUUGGUGAGAUUAUAGCAUCAAGAUCCAUCCCCAAGGUACUUCUACUGAAUGGAUCACAUGACAGAGAGACUGCUGGGCUGUCUGCCUCUGGCUUUGUCACUGCAAUUACUGAUUCUCUAAAUCGGACAUACGGUGAUCCUCACAAAAGCUUAAAGAAUCGUCCCAAUGACUAUGUAAAUGCUAUAUUGGUUCCAGAAGGAGGCCAAGUUCCUUUAGAUAUUGCAAAUUUGGCAGCUCAGGGAAUCUUUAAUGUCGUAACCGUGAAGUCUAUUCAUGACCCGAAAGUUGGCGUCAUAUUUGAUGCACGGUCAUUGAUCCAAGCCCUAACCAUUCUCAUAUCUGAACAGAUGGAUAUGUGUCUCUCAGAACGUGGUCAUCUAACUCAGAAUGUAAAAGUUGUAAAUUGA